GAAGAAUCGAAGACGCGUGAGGGCAGCGACUUGUGUAGAUCGCCAAGCGAAAGAAGGAAGGAGCUGCAAUUGUAAUGGAGGUCAAUAAAGGUAAAGGUGAGCCGGGGUUGCAAAAUCCUGCCGGGCAGAUGGACAAACCUGGUAACUUCCAUACUUUGGAAAGCAUGCUUCCCAAAGCAGUGAAGAGGCGAGUGCAUGCCUUGAAAAGGCUUCAGGUGCAGUAUGCCAACAUUGAAGCCAAAUUUUACGAGGAGGUCCAUGAACUGGAGCGUAAAUAUGCUGCCCUUUAUCUGCCACUUUAUGACAAGCGACAAGAUUUUGUCACUGGCAAAGUGGAACCCACAGAUGAGGAGUGUGCUUGGCGCAGUGACAAAGAUGAGGAGGAAGAGCUUUCUGAACAAAUAAAGGAAAAAAUAGCAAUUGAUGCCCCUAAGAAGGAGGAUGCCGCGCCAGUGGAAGACCCAAAAGGCAUUCCGGAAUUCUGGCUCACCAUAUUCAAGAGUGUAGAUAUGCUCAGCGACAUGAUCCAAGAAUACGACGAGCCCAUCCUCAAGCACCUGAGGGAUAUUAAAGUCAAGUUUUCUGAACCAGAACAGCCUAUGAGUUUCACAUUAGAGUUCCACUUUGAGUCCAACGGCUACUUUAACAAUGCAGUUCUCACUAAAAUCUACAAGAUGAAGUCCGAGCCUGACUCUUCAGAUCCUUUCUCAUUUGAGGGCCCAGAGAUUAUCGACUGUGAGGGAUGUCAGAUAGAUUGGCUCAGGGGGAAAGAUGUGACAGUAAAAAUUAUAAAGAAGAAACAGAAGCACAAAGGCCGUGGUACCGUCCGUACAGUCACAAAGCAGGUUCCCAACGAUUCCUUUUUCAACUUCUUCAACCCUGUCAAAGCUUCACCCGAUGGUGAACUGGACGAAGACUCGGAGUUCACCCUAACCACGGACUUUGAAAUUGGCCAUUUCUUUCGCGAGAGAAUAAUUCCCAGAGCAGUGCUGUAUUUCACUGGAGAGGCACUAGAAGACGACGAGAGUUUUGAUGAAGAACUUGAAGAAGGCGAAGAGGAGCAUGAUGAUGAAGGCGACGACGACGACGACGACGAUGAUGACGACUACGACGACGAGGGAAAUUUUGACCCGAGGGCAUAACCAAUCAUUCUCAGCCCAUGCAUUUUUAGAAAGGACAACCCAUGCCUGCCGAAUGCAAGCAGCAGUAACCACGGUGACCAGUGGACGUGGAGACCUGCUGUCCAUCAAUUCAGCCAAUCAGUUCUCCUCCCUCUCUUCUACAAACUCUCAUUUGAACGCAAUAGGAUACAAACCAAACUGCGUUUUCACUACGUGCAUGAUUUUUUUUUUUCUUUUUUUUCCCCCUCCUGUCUCGCACCCUCGUUGCCCCUCCUUGAAGCUCCAAGUAGAGGCGACCAGGCUGGUGCCUUGCACACACACAAUGGUGACUAUCAUUUGGUAAGCUGGAGUUGGUGCAUUACUGUCAAGAACCUUGGCACAUAAGAAUAACAGAAUCCAAACUUUAGUUGUCAUAGAAAUUAAUGUUACUCAGGGUUUUUUUUAACAUCACAAGAAUUGUUAGUUUACCAGGAGUCAUGGCCCAGCUACAUUUUUUUUUUUUUAGC